CUUUGUGCACAGGUGCAGAUGUAGUCAGCGCUCAGGUUGACGGACAGCUGAGGGGGCGGAGCCUGCAGUCGGGGAUGUCGAAGCGGGGAACGGGGGCGCGGGGUAAGGGCGAGCGACCCGACGCCAUGGCGACCCUUCAAGCAGCCAAUGAGGAGCUGAGAGCCAAACUGACGGACAUCCAGAUCGAACUGCAGCAGGAGAAGAACAAGGUGAGCCGUCUGGAGAGGGAGCACAGUCAAGAGCUGAGGGCGGAGCAUCACCGGGCGACGGUCGCCGUGACGGAGCUGAAGACCAAACUACACCAGGAGAAGCAGAAGGAGCUGGCCGUGACCAGGGAGACGUUGCUACGGCAACAUGAGAUGGAGCUCAUGAGGGUCAUCAAGAUCAAAGAUGGGGAGAUCCAACGUCUGAACGGGCUGGUGGUGACGCUGCGGGACGGCUCCACUGACAAGGUGAGGAGCGCCCUGCUGGCGGAGGUGGAGGAGGCGCGGAGGAGCUGGGAGGCGGAGCGCUGUCGAUUUCAGCAGGAGGUGCAGGAGCUGCGGGGGGCCAAGAAGAGCGCCGAGGAGGCGCUGGCGGCCGCCCAGCAGGCGUCCCAGGCCCGGGCGUCCGAGCUCCGCUCCGCCCACCACCAGCACCAGGAGGAGCUCAACCGCACCAAGAGGGACUGUGAGAGGGAGGUCCGCCGCCUGAUGGAUGAGAUAAAGCUGAAGGACAGGGCCGUGUCCGUUUUGGAUAAGGCCUUGGGGCUGCAGGCAGGCCACGCCCACCGCCUGCAGCUGCAGACUCAGGCUGCCGAGCAGCAAAUCGCAGCAAUGAGAGAUGCUCAGAGGGCAGGACUAAACCACCCCUCCCCAAACUCCACCAAUAACAACGCUCCUCACAUUUCUCAGGAGGAGCGCGACACGCGAAGGUUUCAGCUGAAGAUUGCAGAGCUGAGCGCCGUUGUCCGGAAACUGGAGGACCGCAAUGCCCUGCUGUCCGAGGAACGCAAUGAGCUGCUGAAGCGUCUCCGAGAGGCUGAGAGUCAGUUUCUUCCUCUUCUGGACAAAAACAAACGUCUGAGCCGGAAAAACGAAGAACUCGCUCUCGCGCUGCGUCGCCUCGACAACAAGCUCCGCUUCGUCACCCAGGAGAACCUGGAGAUGGUAACUUUGCGGAGACCGAGUUCGUUAAACGACCUCGAUCGCAGCCACUCCUCCAGUUACCAUGGCUACAGCCAAGAUGCACGGGAGAUGGAGUUUCUCCGCUUACAAGUGAUGGAACAGCAACACAUCAUCGAAGACCUGUCCAAGGCUCUGGAGACAGCUGGUUACGUGAAGAACGUUAUUGAGAGGGACAUGUUGCUGAGGUACCGGCGGCAGGAGACGGUGAGGAGGAAACGAACCUUCAGAGCCUGCAGAGUCAUCGAGACAUUCUAUGGCUACGACGAGGAGGCUUCUGCAGACUCUGACGGAUCGACUUUGUCGUUCCACACUGACAGAACUCCGGAUACUGAACCAGACGAGCUGUGUGUACGUGAAGAGGCAGAGCUUCGGUACCGUCAGCUGACUCAGGAGUACCAGGCGCUGCAGCGAGCCUACGCUCUGCUGACGGAGACCAGCGGCGGGAGCUAUGACCCAGAGAAGGAGAUCAAGACCCGAGAGCAGCUCCUGAUGGAAAUCAGCCGCUACCAGAGCCGGGUGGCAGACCUGGAGUCAGCGCUGACGCAGCAAGGACUGGAUGUCCAGUGGGUGGAGGAGAAGCAGAGUCUCUAUCAGAGGAAUCAGGAGCUGGUGGAGAAGCUGAGGCAGAUGGAGGGCGAAGAGCUGCGACUGAAAAGUGACAUCCAGGACGUCAAAGAUCAGAAUGAGCUGCUGGAGUUCAGGAUCUUAGAGCUGGAGGAGAGGGAGCGACGCUCCCCGGGAAUGAACUUCCAUCAGCUCCAUUUCCCAGAAGGCCUCAGUCCUCUUCAGAUCUACUGUGAAGCUGAAGGAGUCACCGACAUUGUGAUCAGUGAGCUGAUGAAGAAGCUGGACAUUCUGGGCGAUAACGCCGUAAGUAAUCUGUCCAAUGAGGAGCAGGUGGUGGUGAUUCAUGCCAGGACUGUGCUCACUCUGGCAGAAAAGUGGCUGGAGUCCAUCGAGGUGAUGAAGUCGGCUCUGCAGCAGAAGAUGUUGGACAUCGAGAGCGAGAAGGACCUGUUCAGUAAGCAGAAGGGUUACCUGGACGAGGAGCUGGACUACAGGAAGCAGUCCAUGGAUCAGGCCCACAAGAGGAUCCUGGAGCUGGAGGCCAUGCUGUUCGAGGCCCUGCAGCAGGAGCAGGAGUCCAGGAGGGCGGGGCUAAAGAUGGAGGAGGGCGGUCUCUCCGUGACGCUGUCAGAGGACGAGAAGGAGGAGCUCAGAAGAGCCAUGGACCAAUGGAAACGCUCCGUCAUGUGUGAGCUGAGAGAGAGAGACGCCCAGAUCCUCCGAGAGAGGAUGGAGCUGCUGCAACUCACGCAGCAGAGAAAUAAAGACCUGGAGGAAUUUAUAGAAGCACAGAAACGACAGAUCAAAGAGCUGGAGGAGAAGUUUUUAUUUCUAUUUCUGUUUUUCUCGUUGGCGUUCAUCCUCUGGUCCUAACGGCAGGGUCCAGCAGUUGGACUCUGGGCAGGUGGACUUGGUCCGGACCAGAACCAGGAUUCAGGACUCCGAGUUUGGAACCAGCAGCUCACUGACGGAGGCCCGACGGGCCUCGCCGACGUCAGCCAAUCAGAGCAGAGCGCAGCUGUCCACCGACUCUGAGCCCGCCUCUUCACACCUCACCAGAACGCCGCCGUGCCGCCUCGGAGAUAACAUGAGGUUUCCAUGGCAACGGGCCCGAGGAACAAUCGCACAGUGUGAAGUUAACCAGCUGACUGUGACCGCGUCAGACAGACAUGACCGACCCAUGACAGCGUUCACCCGGUGGAGAACUAGUUCGUCUGUCUUUGUUCUGAUUGGCUCUCCCACCUGAAGACUGUGAUGUCGCACAGGGUCAGGUUACCACGGGUAACCAGCAGCUGCUGACUGACGGUAACCGCUGAAACACUCGCCAUGCCAGGAAGUCUGUGGAGUGGAAAACUAGUCAGCUGGUUCAACUAGUGAGGGAAACAAGACUCGGUUCCGGUUAAACAGGUUAAGGUGGUGAGUUAACCAUGUGAUGUGAGUGCAAUAGCUUGGAAUGAAACAUUUUAUCGGUUGUGGUGCUACUGACUUGUUAAGCCAUUUCAGGAGGUUGAAGAACCCGGUUAAGUUAUUAUAUAAACCAGUUGUGUUAUUACGGGUGGAAUAAGUUGAGCUGUUUAACCAAGCUUCAAAGGGAAAGGGGGGACGGUUCACCAGGAGGUUAACCAGCUUGUGAUGCCACUGAACUGGGACCAAGUAGGACUGGUUAAUUCCUGACUAGAGAUGGUUAACUAAAUUCACCCGUUAAAGGGUUAAUCAGCCUGUUAACCAGAUUCAGAUGGUAAACUGAACCAGACGGAGGUGGUCAGCCCGGGUUGGGAUGGUACUAGUUAACCAGGUUGAGGUAGUUCUGGUUAAACGGGGUCAGACCUCUCAGAUCUUCAGCUGGAGAAAAACUGCUCCUCAGUUGUUGUUUUUUUUUUUUUUUUUUUUUUUAUGGUGAAACUUUGAUUCAAACCGAAACAUCAAAAAGACGCCAUGUUUUCUCCAUCGUUUCAUUUUUUUAUGUUUGUUAAUUUCCUUUAAAAAGUGGUUUCUUUUUUACUUUCACUUUGUACACGCUUCAUGUUAAGAUUCAGCUUCACUCUCUGUCUGUUUGCUCCUCCUCAUCUUCCUCUCGCCUCCUCCUCCUCCUCCUCCUCCUCCUCCUCCUCCUCCUCCUUCUCUCAUACCUUUAUUUUCACAGAUCCUAUUUUUAUACCCGAAUGUCGUCUGAACUCAUCAUGACACCUGUGAAUAAAACACGCUGCAAUCCAGA